AUGCAUAUCGAUGACAUAUUUAAGCAGUGGGCAGUUACGCAUUUCGAAUCACUGUUAUCGGAAUGCGCACGGUGUGACCAUUCUAACCGGCUCGAAUCAUUCCGUUAUCGAUUUCAAUUUGUGUUUAUUCGAUUUAUCGUCAGCAUGGAGUUCACAACGCUGCACAGUGUGGACACCGAAUACUCUGCGGAUUCGGUGGAAUGGUGCAGUACACAGGAUGAACACCAUGCAGAGUACUUUGCCUGCGGUACCUAUCAGCUAAUCGAGGCCGAAGCCGAAUCGCAAACGCAACGGUCACGCAAAGGACGCAUAUAUUUGUUUGCCUUCGAUCGACAAUGCGGCGAACUCAACAAACUGCAGAGCACAGAAACUGCUGCCAUACUGGACAUGAAAUGGCUGCCUGCUUGGACACAGGACACUGGUCCACUGUUGGCCACCGUCAAUGCAUUGGGUCAGCUGGAGAUAUACGAAUUGCUGCAUCAAGAGCGUCGCCUGGUGUCUCGUGCCAGCUGCGAACUGGGAACCAAGACAGUUGAAGAUGUGCCUGCUUUGGCGUUGGCGCUGGAUUGGCAGCGUAAGGCUGAUGAGGAUGUCGUGGAAUUACUUGUCUCCGAUUCGCUGGGCAAUGUGCAUCGACUGCACUACACAUCGCAGGAUGAACUACGACAUCAAGACCACUGGCAUGCCCACGACUUUGAGGCUUGGACGUGCGCCUUUGAUCGCUGGACGCGUGGUGUUGUGUACAGCGGUGGCGAUGAUUGCCUGUUGCAUGCUCACGAUUUGCGCGUGGAGCCAACGCAACGCAUCUGGACGAAUCGGGCACAUGAUGCUGGCGUUACGGCCUUGCUCAGUCAUCCACUGCACGAGCAUCUGCUGCUCACAGGCAGCUAUGAUGAGCGAUUGCGUGUGUUCGACACGCGCGCCAUGAAACGCACGAUUGCCGAGCUGAAUUUGAAUGGUGGGAUUUGGCGUCUGAAAGCGCAUCCCAAGCGCAACGAUCUGAUAUUGGCCGCCUGCAUGUACACCAAUUUUAGUGUGGUCGAUUUGGCUGCCGCCGGCGGCGACAAUUUGAGUGCAAACCCCAAACUGCUGGGAACUUAUCUGGAGCACAAAAGCAUUUGUUAUGGCGCCGAUUGGGCACCAUUUAUCGAUAGCAAUGUAUCAGAGGACACUGCAUCGAGACUGCACCUGGCCACUUGCUCCUUUUAUGAUCACAAACUGUGUCUUAGCCGAGUGGACGCAAAUAUUUAGUUAAUUUAUUGUUAAUGGUUUAUCAAAUAAACGCUUAGCAGCAUGUAAAUUGUUUGUUUACAAAGUAAAACAGUCUUGGUUU